AUGGAAGAGUUCUCGUUUCCAUUCCAACCAUACGACAUCCAACUUCGUUUAAUGCGAGAAAUUCGAGAUUGCAUUGAAGACGGAAAAGUUGGAAUUUUCGAGUCGCCAACUGGAACUGGUAAAUCAUUGAGUGUUCUGUGCUCAACAUUGACAUGGCUGGAAAAUGAGGAAAAUCGUAUUGAAACGGAGCUAAACGAAAAAUUGAGGAAAAUUCAAGAAAAUAUUGCGGAGAGUAAAAAAAGUGGUGCUUCUUGGGAAGACGCGCUCAAGUUGUCAUUGGAAGCGGAAAAGGAAGAAAGUGAAGUAAUGGAAGCGAUUGAGAAGAGAAAACGAUUAACAACAAGAAUCGAUCUGGCAAAACAGGGAAUGGUUGACGUUUCUAGGAAGAGAAAAGCGCCAGCAAGAGACGCAGACUUUGCGCUCGCAGAUGAUGAACCGAAGGAUGAGGCAGCGCCAUCUGAAGAAUAUCAUUCCGAUGGAGAAUCUGGGUCGGAACUACACAAUAACAAAGAUGAUGAAGAGGAGGACCAGGAGUCUCCUAAAUGCUUGAAAAUUUUCUAUGCCUCCCGAACUCAUUCUCAACUGGAACAACUUGUCGAUGAACUUGGGAAAACUAGAUUUCAGCCGAGAGUUGUGACAUGUAGUUCCAGGGGUAACCUAUGUGUGAAUGAGGAAGUGAAGAAACUAAAACUAAACCAUUUGAUCAAUGAAAAGUGCAUGGAAUUGAGAAAAAAUGGAACGUCAGAUAAAGAUAAAAAGCAGAAGACUGAAGAUGGAGGGGAGAAGAAGAAAAAAUCGUGCUCAAAGUCUUGUGAGUUCUAUAGCUCAACACAAAUUGAAGACUUAGUCAAUGGUGUGUUGGCAAAUAAGCUGAAAACGACUAUUCAAGUAACAAAAGAAGGAGUUUCAUCAAAAGGGUGUCCGUACUUUGCCUCCAGAAAAGCAGUUCCUCAGUGCCAACUAGUUCUGCUGCCGUACCAAGUUCUUCUUCAUGAAGGAACCCGAAAUGCGUGGGGAAUCGAUUUGAAAGAUAAUGUGAUUGUGUUGGAUGAAGCUCACAAUGUCCUCACAACCAUUAAUAGUUUAUAUUCUGCGGAAAUCUCUGAAAAGUCGUUGUCCCUCGCCCUCCGACUGAUUCGAGAGUACAAUGCUAAAUAUAAACUUCGCUUGAAAGCCAAAAAUCUACUGUAUAUGAAACAACUGGAACAGCUCACCAGCAAGAUGCUCAUUUUUCUCAACAGUCAAUCCAAAGAAGACGUGAUGACCAUGGCUCAACUGUCGAGAAAUUUGAAUAUUCUGGAGCUCAAUCUGUUCAAAUUGGCGACUUAUAUUGAAAAGUCUGACUUGUGCAAAAAGUUUCAUGGAUUUUAUCUACAAUCGAUGCGAGCGUCAAUUGAUUUGAAGAAGGAGAAUGAAAAACCAAAGCUCACUGGAAUUCAGAAGUUGAUGGUUAAAAAAGAAGAAGCAGAGAAGAUAAAAGCGGAGGAAAAUCAAGAAGAAGUUAGACCACAAAUUACAGUUUCAUCUCCACUUUUCUCGCUGAAAUCAUUUAUUGAUGCCUUGACAAACAAAUGCGAAGAUGGACGAAUUUUGAUCGAUAAGACUAAAGAUCCUAAGUAUCGAUACAUUCUCCUGAAUCCUGCUGACCGUUUGGCAGAAGUUGUGAAAGCCUGUCGAGCUACUGUACUUGUUGGUGGAACCAUGGAACCAUCCGAACUUCUUGUUGAAACUCUUUCUCGAGGAUCCGUUGGCCCAGAUGCUAUUCGUCGAUUCUCUUGUGCUCAUGUCAUUAAUGACUCCCAGCUUUUAGCAGUUACUAUUCAAAAAACAGUGGAUGGGAAGCCAUUCCAAUUGACCUACAAAACUCGACAGAAUCCAGAGACGCUGAAAUCGAUUGGAAGAACUCUUCAAGUCUUAUCUCAACACAUUCCUAAUGGUGUUGUUAUCUUCGUGCCUUCUUAUGAAAUUCUUACCGAUUUGAUCAAGAAAAUGAAAGAGACCAAAAUCAUGGAGCAGAUUGGGAGAAAGAAAAGUGUGUUUGCUGAAACACGUCAAUCAUCUUCAACCAUGCUAUCAGACUACAGUACCGCUGCCAAGUCAUCAAGAGGAGCAAUUCUGUUUGCUGUGAUGGGUGGCAAAAUGAGUGAAGGCAUCAACUUCUCAGACGAAUUGGGUCGUGCUGUAAUCGUCAUCGGACUACCGUAUCCUAACAAAACUGGUGUGGAACUUCGAGAAAGAAUGAGAUUCCUGGACUCUCAAAUGGCUAAUGGAGGAAAUAUGCUGUACGAAUCGAUGUGCAUGCAUUCAGUGAACCAGUCUAUCGGAAGAGCUAUCCGCCAUAGAAAAGAUUAUGCUGCCGUCUACCUGUUUGAUGAUAGAUAUGCUUUGGAGUCCACAAAAAGCAAACUAUCGGCUUGGAUUGGUGAUCGGACGCAGAGGAAUUUGAGAUUCCCGCAGAUUAUUCAGAAGUCUAACGCAUUCUUCAAAGCAAAUGGAUCCAAUUAA